AACCCAUUUAAGAACCAGGUCAUAUAUUCUCAGUAUCAUAUUGACUCUGCCUCCUAUCUUUAUUUUGCAUUGAAAGCUGCUCUUUCUUAUUAAUGACAAAAUUGCAGACUAGUAGUAAAGAUUGAUUGUAUUGUAUCUUCUUCACCUGUGCAACCCUAUGUGAACCCCAAGUAUGUGACCCAAUCCUGUCCUUUCAAAUUCAAGGAACUUGGGGGGUUUUUAUGCCUUUUGUUUAAGUCAGCCUGUAUCUUUCUUUGACAGCUUCAAGCUGUCUUCUGCUUCUGAUGGUGAAGUCAGAGAGAGAGAGAGAGAGAGAGAGAGAUUAAUGGCUAGCUUUUAAUCCAGCUGUUAAUCAUAAAUCAAUUAAAAUUUGUGGGUUUUGUGUAGCUUUCCACACUAUAAAAUGGGUAUAUCUCUGUUCCUUUGUUUGAAGAGCUGUUUAAGUCAGAGACACAUAUAAAAAAAUAGAAAAAAAGAGAGACCUAUAUCAAGUUCUCUCUGUCUCUUCUGGUUUAUUCUUCUCAUCUUCUUCAUCUAAAGCCUAUACUAUGGAGUCUUCCCAUAACUGUGGAGAUGCAGAAGAAUGUCACAGCAGUGAAUCUGGAUGGACAAUGUAUAUCGGAUCCCCCAUAAACACUGAUGAUGAUGAUGAUGACAGUCGUGAUGAUGAAGAUGAUAAUGUUGGUGAUUAUAAGGAGCAUAAUAGUGUUAAGCAUGAAGAUGAGAGUGAUGAUUCUAUGGCUUCUGAUGCUUCUUCGGGGCCAAGUCAUCGAGGGCAUUCAUGGGGGAAUGGGAAGGAGCAUCAAGUGGAGAAGAAAGGGAAGAAGCCAGUGGAGAAGAGUGGGAAUGCAAGAAGGAAGCAAGAGAAGGAAAAGUCUGUGUUUGAUGCAAAAGGAGCUAAUGUUGGUACUCAAAGUGGUGGUGAUAAGGUGAGGAAAAACAGUUGGUUUGGGAAGAGAAAGUAAGUCCUUAUUUUCUUGUUUUUGUUGGGUUGUUUUGCAUGUGAGCUGAGCUGAAGAUGGAUGUGUGGAGAUGAGAAGAUCAGACAUGUUUUUGACUAUGUGAUGUUUUUUGUUUUUGUUUUUUUUUUGAAUGUAAUAGUUGGAUCAAGAAACAUUGCAGUUGUUAGCUUUCAAGUGUAUGUGUCUAUCAAAUUAUGAAUAGCUAAGCUAAGCUUGUCUUUUGAAAA